AUAUGAUACAUAGUGCAACAUCUCAGGAGUAGUGUUUGAGUGAGAGGGAGCCAAAUAAAAUAACAACAUAGUAUAAAGUUAUGGCAGGACCAAUGAGACCUCAAAUCGUGCUAUUUGGCUCCUCCAUAAUUCAGAUGAGUUUUGAUAAUGGUGGUUGGGGUGCUAUUCUAGCUAAUUUGUAUGCUAGAAAGGCGGACAUAGUAUUGAGGGGAUACUCUGGAUGGAAUUCACGACGUGCUUUGGAGGUUCUUGAUGAAGUUUUUCCUAAGGAUGCUUAUGUCCAACCAUCAUUGGUAAUUAUCUACUUUGGUGGAAAUGAUUCAAUUCACCCCCACCCAUCUGGUCUUGGUCCUCAUGUUCCCAUUGAAGAAUAUAAAGAAAAUAUGAGGAAGAUUGCUAACUACCUAAAGAGCCUCUCGGAUCAUAUCCGCCUUAUAUUUCUCACCUCUCCUCCCAUCAGUGAAGUACAAAUCAAGAAAAAACUCAGUGCAACACAGACUGGAAGAACAAAUGAACAUUGUGGAAUAUAUGCUAGGGCACUGUUGGAACUAUGUGAUGAGAUGAAUUUGAAAGUUGUUAAUCUAUGGUCUGCAAUCCAGGAAAGAGAGGACUGGUUAGAUGUCAGCUUUACGGAUGGGGUUCAUUUGUCAGCCGAAGGAAGCAAGGUAGUGUUGAAGGAAAUAUUAAGGGUCCUUAGAGAAGCAGAUUGGAAGCCAAGUUUGCAUUGGAUGUCACUACCAACUGAAUAUGCAGAAGAUUCACCAUAUUACCCUCCAAGUGCAGAUGGAACCACCACUAUAAAUGUUUCUUACAGUAUCCCUAGGAGGCAUUUGCAAUGGGAUUUAUAAAAAAAAAUCAUGUGAUAUUUGCAUUUAUGUGUGGUGUGGUUUGGUUCAUUCUUGAAGCAAUAAUUGAAAAAGGAAAAAAAAAACUUUGGUUAUUAUUUUUUGCAAUUUAUUUUGCAAAAAAUGAAAGAAUUUCAAUUAUGUGGAGCCCUUGUGAAAUGGGAAAGGUUGUCUUUCAUGUAUUUUGAAAUAAUGAAGGGAUUAGUUCUUUCACGUGGUGAAAUUUCCUUAUCUUUUCCUUUAAGGAGCGUUUUGAUUUUUAUUUAUUUGUUGCAAUUUUAUCUGUAUUUAUUUAUGCUCAAUGUACUAAUAAUUAAUUAAUCAAUUUCAAUUCACAUAUA